CAACAGCAUCAGCAACAUUAACAACAAUCAAAAAAAAAAGAAUUCAAUGGAUCCAGAUAACGUUGUUGAAAUUGAAUCCAUAAAUGAUGAUAAUGAUGACGAAGACAUUGGUGUCUUCGUUGAAGAUCAACACCAAAAUGAACAGAAUGUUGAUCAUAAUCAUGACAUUAUUACCACCGACAACCACUUUGCAAAUGAAAUGACAGUAACAUCGAUUUCAGAAUUAACACCACAUCGUUUGUUUAAUCGUCAUCAUAAUAAACGACCAAAUAGUAGUAUCAGUAUCGGUGGUAAAUUGGAUCAAAAAUCUAGCUUGAAUACAGAAUCGAUUGAAUCAAGUAGUAUGCAAACAUUAUCACCACCAACAACAUUACAGAAACCAAUUACAAAAAGAUUACAUUCAUUAGUACAAUUACCCGAACAAUUGGAUGCACGAACAAAAAUUGAAUUGAAAGCAAUUGAAACGGCCAAAAAUAAAGAAGAAAUCAAACAAAAACCAUGGAGCUAUAGGGCAAGAAUUUGUGUGUACAAUUUUCUCAAUUAUCCAACUAAUAUUUGGUCAUAUUAUUAUCAUUUUGUCAUUGCAAUCAUUUUAUUAUAUUAUCUUGGUCUGAUAAUGUUCACGUCGAGAACAACGUGGGAAGAAAAAUGUUUUCGUUAUGAAAAAGAUCAUCGUCUUAAAUCAUAUUUUGAAUUAAUAAUUUUCAUACAAUUCAUUAUGGAAUUUUCAUUACGAUUUUGGUCAUCACGUGCAAAAGUUCCAUAUAAAAAUCUUAAUGUAACACAAUAUUUUAAAUAUUUUUUUGGCCGUAUAUCACAUCUUUUCGAUAUAUUAUUGGUUAUUGGUGGCAUACUAUCCACAAGUUGUUUUGUAUGGCCACAAUUACCCAUUGAUUUUACACAAGAUCUUUAUGCAUUAAUCAUGUUACGUGGUUUACAUCGUCUAUUCAAUGUAAUACAAUGGACUAGUGUACAAAAACGUGAUAGUCCAUGGCGUAUUCUGUUGGAAGUUUUUCAUGAUGGUGGACAUUUAUUAUUCGCCAUGUUUUAUCUGGUUUUAUUGAUAAUAUUUCUGGUGGCAUAUGGAAUAUUUUUAGCCGAAACAAAUCCUGAUCAUGAUCAUAAUAAAAAGGAUACAAAAAUUGGUAAUCUUAUGGAUUCAUUAUAUGCAACAUCAAUUACAUUAUUGACCGUUGGUUUUGGUGAUUUUUCUCCAAUCACUUAUGCUGGCCAAGCAUUAAUGGGCAUUGGAAUUUGGAUCGCUUUAGCAUUGUUUGCCAUACCAAGUGGUUUGAUUGCAACAUCUGUUGCAUUAAAAGUAACAGAACAAGAAGAGAGUCGUAAACGUAAAAUCCGUAAAAUGUUAGCAUCAACUUUGAUACAACGGGCAUGGCGUUUUGCACAUCGACAACGACAAUUUGAAAUGGUCGUAUGGUUAGAACAUAUGCGUCGAACUGGACAAGAAAAUUCGAUACCAGUACGAACACAUCGAACAUUAUGGGAAAAAAUUGAUCAUGUACUUGAGAAUCGUAAACAAUUUUUCGCUACACAAUUCAUACAAUUAUUAUUGUUGAAUCGUGCACGACGAAAAUUUCGUUCAGUCGUAAUACCAGAUACGGAUCCACGUCCAGCAAUGAAAUCAUAUAAGACUAAAAAUAAUGAUACAUUGGAAAUAUUACAAAAAAUUCAUCAACAAUUAGAACAAAUGGUUGGCCAUCAUCGAUCAACCACCAGUGAACAAACCUCGAAUAAUAAUAAUAAUAAUAAUUUAUCAACAUUGGAAAUUCUUGAAAUAAAUCUUGAACAAAUGGAACAAAAACUAAGUGAACAGAAUAGAUUUUUAAAAGAAUUAUUAUUAAAUUGUUAACUUGAAUAAUUCUGUCAUCAAAAUGAGAAAAAAAAAUUUCAAUAAAUUAUCAAAAAAA